AUGGAAGCUUUAUUGCAGGAACCUUCCCUCUACACCAUCAAGGCUGUUUUCAUCCUAGAUAAUGACGGGCGCCGGCUGCUGGCCAAGUAUUAUGAUGACACAUUCCCCUCCAUGAAGGAGCAGAUGGUUUUCGAGAAAAAUGUCUUCAACAAGACCAGCCGGACUGAGAGUGAGAUUGCAUUUUUUGGGGGUAUGACCAUCGUCUACAAGAACAGCAUUGACCUCUUCCUGUACGUGGUGGGCUCAUCCUACGAGAAUGAGCUGAUGCUCAUGUCUGUUCUUACCUGCCUGUUUGAGUCUCUGAACCACAUGUUAAGGAAGAACGUGGAGAAGCGCUGGUUGCUGGAGAACAUGGACGGAGCCUUCUUGGUGCUGGACGAGAUUGUGGAUGGCGGUGUGAUUCUGGAGAGUGACCCCCAGCAAGUGAUCCAGAAGGUGAAUUUUAGGGCAGAUGAUGGCGGCUUGACUGAACAGAGUGUGGCCCAGGUUCUUCAGUCUGCCAAGGAACAAAUUAAAUGGUCCUUAUUGAAAUGAAGGCUGUGGAUUCAAGGCUCCCUGCCCCCCAGACCAUUUCCCCAAUCCUGGCAAAAGCCCAGAGAUCCCACGGUCAGGAGAGACCCCUCUGCAUCCCCAGGUCCCUCCCGGAACUGAUUCCUAAGGUCUCCAGCCAGGGAUUCUGAGAUGCAAAGGUUUGGCCUCAGGAGAGUCACCUCUUCUCACUGCCUUGGCCUUAACUCAUACCUUAGGCAUUCCUGGCCCCAGGGCCCUAAUAAACCUGCUUUUGUCUUCUGCCAA